CUGCGCUCUGUUUGCGCCAAGAAUAGUCCCAUAAACAAGUCACAUUAACCGGGCUUACGCAGACAGAGAAAGACUCAUCCUUGAACGGACUUUCCGUGUCGAUUGUGCUGUUUCGUGUAUUUGAUCCAUUUGUUAUUUUCAUUUAGACAUGGGACUCUUUUAUAAAACGACUAGUUCAGAAUUAUACGUGCGUAAUUUCUAACGGUGUGCGUAUUACGCACAGACUGGAUGGUUUCGUAGAUUGUUUCUUUAUCGCAAUUUUUUUCGCAUCUGCUUAAGACGAUCUUUGCAGGUAUGUUUUCACUAUUUCAGGGCUUUGUCGUGUUCUAUGCGCUGGGCUUACGGCACCAAGCGAUCGGCCAAGCGGACGACGGUAAGCGGUACAUUUGCCGAGCAGUGCCUCUCGUCGGCGACACCAGCUGCCCGGUGACCUUGUUACCCGAAUUCAACGCCGGGGGUCAGGAAGAGGAGCUCCGCAACACCGUAAUGCAGCUCCGAGAGACUAUUCUGCAGCAGAAAGAAACCAUUUUCAAACAAUUAGGCACCAUCAACGAACUGACCACCAAAUUGUCCCUGUGCGCAUCAACCACCGAUGACAGAAAGUACGAAAAGGGGGGUCCUUGGGGCAAAGGGAAGCAAAACACAAUGGGAGACGUCCCCAGAGAUCCAAAUGACACCGUGGAGAACCUUGGCAAAACAAUGCAGGGGCUCAAGGACCGGCUGGAGAACCUGGAGCAACAGCAGAUGCGGGCCAACAUAUCCGGCGCGUCGUUCCCCAGCGAGCUGCGUGACUUGCUGCAGCGUCGCCUGGUCGAGCUGGAGAAACAGCUCCUGAGGAAAGUCAGCAACCUGGAGGAGGAGAAGAGCAUGCUGUCCAACGCCACGGCAGCAUACCGGCUCAAGACGGAAAGUACGCUCAACGCGCUGGUGGAGAGGAUAAGUGAGCUGGAAAAAGGUGGGGAAGACUUCAAGUCCCCUGAGCAGUUCAAGCUCUCCCUUCCCCAGCGUACAAACUAUUUGUACGGCCGCAUCAUCAAGAGCCUCCCGGAGAUGUAUGCGUUCACGCUCUGCAUGUGGAUCAAGUCCAGUGCCACUCCGGGAAUCGGGACACCCUUCUCCUACGGUGUACCCGGACAAGCCAAUGAGAUUGUGCUGAUCGAGUGGGGAAAUAACCCAAUUGAACUGCUCAUCAAUGACAAGGUCGCACAGCUGCCCUUGGAGGUACGUGACGGAAGGUGGCACCACAUCGGCAUCUCCUGGACCACUAGAGAUGGCCAGUGGGAGGCCUAUCAAGAUGGAGAAAAGCAAGGGACCGGAGACAACCUGGCAGCAUGGCACCCUAUAAAACCAGGAGGGGUGAUCAUCCUGGGCCAGGAGCAGGACGUUGUAGGUGGACGCUUUGACGCCGGACAGGCCUUCGUGGGAGAACUCAGUCAAGUCAAUAUUUGGGACCGUGUUCUCAAGCCAGCCGAGAUCCAGUCUAUGGCCAACUGUACGUCAUACUUGCCGGGUAACGUGAUCUCAUGGAUGGCGAGCAAUAUCGAGGUGUUUGGGAGAGGAGCCUUCAAGAGGCCCUUGGAGAUGUGUCAGGAGCGUCUGCCUAAUAACUAAACACUUAGCAUCUGCCUUUUGUGUUAACUAGCUGCUACUUCUGCGCAUUUAUUUUUUUUCUAAUUACUGUGAGACCAGUUCUGAGGACCCGGGUUCAAUCCCCGGCCCCGACUGUGUGGAGUUUGCAUGUUCUCCCCGUGCCUGCGUGGGUUUUCUCCGGGCACUCCGGUUUCCUCCCACAUCCCAAAAAACAUGCAUAAAUUGGAGACUCUAAAUUGCCCGUAGGUGUGCAUGUGAGUGCGAAUGGUUGGCUGUUUGUAUGUGCCCUGCGAUUGGCUGGCAACCAGUUCAGGGUGUACCCCGCCUCCUGCCCGAUGACAGCUGGGAUAGGCUCCAGCACGCCCGCGACCCUAGUGAGGAUAAGCGGCUCAGAAAAUGGAUGGAUGGAUGGAUGGAUUACUGUGAGACAGUUUAUGGAAGCUGUGAAAAACAACAUUGUGACUGUUGCAAAUAACACUGGAUGUGCAAAUUAGGGCACACAUCACUGGCUACAUGCUUUCUGUUUCUGCUGCCUGGUAUCAAGUCACUUCAGUCCAGGGUUCCCUCAUGUAUUAGCAUCACCUUACUAUAUGUACCCCAUCCCUAGAGACUUUGAGGUGAUGAAAAUCCACUCGAGCUUCGCGCAGAGGCACACAACCGUACAAACUCUGCUGAUACAAAUACAGUACAUGGAAAGACCCAGACUGGCGUUGACAUGUGAGCUUCUGUUGCGUGCCGUGCAAAAGAAAGUAGGAGAGAAGAUUAUCUCAGAGGUCUGGCUAAUGUUAUGGCUAUUGCUUAUCACAUGUUGUAUCCUGACAUGAUUAGUCAUGAGAUUAGUCUACUCGAGUCGCACUUGAGGAGAAAAAGACAAAAUUGAUACUUUGCAUGGACAUGAUACCAGUGAUACUACUAAAUCUAUCACAGUGCUUUUUUUCCCCCUACUUGCCUUGUUCAUAUGAGCAAAACCCAUUUAAAUGGAGAUUUGUGUUUAUUGCAUCAUUGUAUUGUUCUAAAAGACUUGUUCUAUAUAGUUGCAGUGGAUUGUAUAUGUAAUUAUUAGCACAGCUAGGGUAUAACAACUGAACUAUGAACUACUUCUAAUGUGUUUGUGGUAUGUGUCAUAUAGUGUAAUUGCCCUGCAAUGUUUUGCACGUAGCUGUUUUGCACGUUAAACUCUACAUAAUUGUUUGUGUGGCCUUUAUAGGGACUAAAGUGCCAACAAUUAAUCUGUUUGUACUAAAAUAACUUUGCCAAUCAGUGUGCAAAAUAAAAAGACCU